GCUCAGUGAACCACGUGCCGCAUUGGCUGACUUCGCAUGAAGCAGGCAUGCCUUCUUUUGCAGAGUUAUUGGACAAUAUAAUCAGAUGGCAAUUUGCCUCUACUUCACACACACUUGGAUCAUUUUCGAGUCACAGAAGCAAAGGCUUCUGGGAACACAGAUUUUCCCCAUUGUGAGCUCGGAGUCGGAGACAGGUUUUUAACAAGGCACCCCUCUGGCAGUACACAGCCACCCUCCGCCAGUGCUGCCGCCUGUGCCAAGGAAAUAAACCAGGACAGCCUUGGAGGCAAAAUGCAGUCAGUGGGUCUCAUUUGUAAGCAGAAGCAUGUCUGCAGGAACUGUGCUUUGCAUGAACAAAAGCGGCCAACUUUCUAGAGGCCUGCAGCAAUUGUUGUUUGUUUGUGCGCGCGCGUGCGCGUGCGUGUGUGUGUGGAGAAUGCUUCUGCUCUGACUGUGGGAUUGUAAUACAAGAUGCACACCUUCGCUCCUCCCGCGGGGCGCGCCCAGGGCGGCGGCUCCACCUCCCGGGGCGGAGCGCAGACGGCGAGCGCAGACGGCGGAGCCAGCCGGGCAGUUCGGGCGCAUCAGCAUCGCGGCCGGCCGGACGGAGCGCGCGAUGCCUUCGGCACCCCCGACGCCCUCGGCCCCUGCCGGGCCGGCCGCGCCCCCCUGUUCCGGUCCCAGCAGCAGCGGAGGUCCCGUCGGCUCCGGAGACGUCCAGAACAAGCCCUGGAAGAACCUGGGGUACAUGGUGCAAUGUUCGCCCUGUGUGGUUUCUCUUCGCAUGCGCUGCCCCUGGGUCCAGCUGGCGGGCCAUGCAGGCAACUUCAGAGCCGGGGGUUUGGGCCGCAUCCUGAAGAAGUACUGCCCCGGCGAGCAGCAAUGCCUGGAGCGCCUGGUGUGCGACGCGCUGCAGCCCUACGUCCCGGCCUAUUAUGGGGUGGUGGAGCGCGAUGGGGAGACCUACAUCCAGAUGCAGGACCUUCUGUCCGGCUUUGACAAGCCCUCCAUCAUGGACUGCAAGAUGGGAGUCAGGACUUACCUCGAGGAGGAACUGGAGAAGGCAAGGCAGCAGCCCUGUCCGCGCAGAGACCUGUACGACAAGAUGGUGGCUGUGGACCCGGCGGCUCCCACGGCGGAAGAGCAUGCGCAGAGUGCCAUCCUGAAGCCCCGCUACAUGCAGUGGAGGGAGACCCUCAGCUCCACGACCACGCUGGGCUUCCGCAUCGAAGGCAUCAAGAAAGCUGAUGGCACCUUCAACACCAGCUUCAAGAAGACCCGCCAGCCGGAGGAGGUGACCCAGGCCUUCUGGAACUUUGUGGACGGAGACAGGAGAGUCCUGACCAGCUACCUGGAGCGACUGAAGGAAGUCAGGCUGGCGCUCGAACAGUCUGAGUUCUUCAAGACACACGAGGUAGUGGGCAGCUCUCUUCUCUUCGUCCACGACCGGAGGGGUCUGGCGCGGGUGUGGAUGAUCGACUUUGGCAAGACGGUGCCGCUGCCCGAGAAGCAGACUCUGACUCACCGCCUGCCCUGGCAGGAAGGCAAACGCGAGGACGGAUACCUCUGGGGCCUGGACAACCUCAUCGCCAUCUGGGAGAGGAUGUUGGGGGAGUGAGCCAGGAAGAUGCAGCCGACACGUUGAGAUGGGGGCUGCCUUGGCUCCCCCGGGACUCUGCUAUUUAAUUUAUUCAGCCAGGUAUGCUA